AUGAAGUCACAAUUGGAAGAAAUUGAUAAGGAGCGUCAGGAAUGGGACGAAAAAUUGAAACGAAAGGAUAAUGAACUCACCGAAAUGCGUUGCACUGUUGACAUGGUAAAAGCAAAGUCUGUGGAGCUGGAAAAGAUGCUUCAGAUUGCUGAAAUCCGUUUCAAUAACAGUUAUCUUUUGUUGCCAAAUAUUAUUCAGACAAAGAAGUUAACGGACAAACAACGAACUAAUGCAACAAUACGCCACAUAAUAGCCGAACGUCAAGCACUGGAUGAAUCGUUAACAAAGAUGGAAAGAGAGAACAUGGAGCUGUACAGAAAUUGCAAUGAGCUUAAAGAUCGGGUUUAUAUGGAAUUCAAAGUAAUGGAAUUCAAAUUUGAGAUUGAGCAGAUGUCUAAACAGCGAGAAUAUCUUUAUGUUCGAAAAUUGAAAGUAUGUGAAUCGAAAAUUUUGGCCUUAAAACGACGACUGGAUGCAGAGAGAAAAAGACGGUUAGAAGCAGGGAAUCCAAAUCCAUCUAUGCAGCAACAUCAACGAGAAUUGGGGUUAGACUUGAGUCAUUCUAAUUCUUUAAUUUACCAAUCUUCACAGCAUCGUCCACAAGAGCAUCGCGAGGUAACUUUAGAAGUCAAGUACCAAGUUUGA